AUGAGAGAGAUUGAAGAACAAGGAAGGCUGCGAGAAGCGGCAGAGCGCCGCGAGGAGGAGGAGAGACAGGCGCGAGAAGAGGCAGAACGCCGUGAGGAGGAAGAGAGACAGGCGCGAGAAAACGAGAGGCAAGCACGAGAAGCGGCAGAGCGCCGUGAGGAGGAGGAGAGAAAGGCGCGAGAAGACGCUGAACGUCGAGUGCAACCCAACUCCCUGUUUCGCCUCCUCGAUCGCUGCCACAAUUCUCUCUCCCAAGCGAUCCGAGUUGAGGCAGAUGCCACCCUUACUACUCAGGGCGACGCGGCCGAUCCAGUGAACCGACUCUACCCCAAGCACAUCAUCCUUUCUAUGAUCGCGCAAACCCGUCGGAAACUUCGCUCGAGGACAGCCUAG